AGCGUGUGAACAGGAAUAGUACGCUCCAGAGACAGCAUUGAGCUGAUUGAGCCUUUCACCUCCGGUAUUAUCAUCAGCACCAUCUAUGUACGACAGUCUCCGCAAAAUACCCACCUCUUUUUAAAAGGUUUUCUAACCCUAGCCAUGAAACAAACCCUCGUGGAAUUGAUGAGGAUGAGCAGAAUAUGCCGGAUGAUACUUGCCACUUGUUUGGGAUCUUUUAUUCUGGUCAUCUUUUAUUUCCAAAGUAUGUUCCAGCCAGUAUUGCGGCGGAACCCGUUUGUAGGGGACGUGUGUUGCCACAGAGGCUCGCGGAAUGCCCUGCAGGAGCUCUACAACCCGUUGCAGGCAGAAUACUCCGGAACAGCUAUCCUACAUCAGACGAGGCGGGACCAGGUGGCGGAGACCUGCCGGGCUUACAGCGCCACCAGCCGCAAGCGACGGGUCUUGACUCCCAGUGACCUCAGACACCUGGUGGUGGAUGAGGACCACGCGAUGAUUUACUGCUAUGUGCCCAAGGUGGCUUGCACCAAUUGGAAGCGUGUGAUGAUGGUGCUGACGGGAAGGGGCAAGUAUAGCGACCCCAUGGCGAUCCCAUCCAAUGAGGCACACGUGCCCUCCAACCUCAAGACGCUCAACCAGUACAGCAUUCCUGAGAUCAACCAUCGGCUCAAGAGCUACCUCAAGUUCCUGUUUGUACGUGAGCCCUUCGAGAGGCUGGUCUCGGCCUACCGGAACAAGUUCACGCUGAAGUACAACACGUCCUUCCACAAACGUUUUGGCACCAAGAUCGUGCGUCGGUACCGCAAGAACGCCACGCAGGAGGCCCUACAGAACGGCGCUGAUGUUAAGUAGGAAUUUGCCGGGUAUCUGGUUGACCCCGCCACACAGAGGGAAGGUCCACUCAAUGAGCACUGGCAGACCGUCUACUCACUCUGCCAUCCUUGCCACAUCCACUACGAUCUGGUAGGCAAGUACGAGACCCUGGAAGAGGAUGCUAACUACAUCCUCAGGCUGGUCGGGGUGGGCGACUACCUGCGCUUCCCCUCAUACGCCAAGUCGACUCGCACCACUGACCAAAUGACGGCUGAGUUCUUCCACAAUAUCAGCUCACAGCAGCAGGCACAGCUCUACGAACUCUACAAGCUGGACUUCCUCAUGUUCAACUACUCCAUGCCUGGCUAUCUAAAGAUUGAGUAAAGGUCUGGAACCCAUUGAAACAGAGGACAAAUCGACUUACUGAAAAGUGUCAUUCAGGCAGGGGUUCCACCAGAACAGAACUGACACCUGUGGGAGGUUGCGAAGUGCUGAUUGAAUCUGGGACUCGAUCAGAACUGAACUUAAAUCCACGGGAGGGUGCAAUUUUGCUGAUUAGUUGUUGUCGAAUAAGGGAAUGAUGUCGAGGAUAUGGGGGCGGGGCUUUCUAAUUUGUACAUGCUUGAUUUCAACAAAAUGGAGAAGUAUACUACUCUUCUGUGGAGGAAGAAGGGUAAGGCAGGUUGCUCACCCAAACAAGUGCUGCUACUGCUGCAUGUUUCAAUCUGCUCUGGAUGCCAGGAGCUUGCAGCGGCUCCACUGCUGCCGUGACGCAAGGCCUCACUUCAGUGCAAUCAAUGCGAUGGACGCAACCAUCCAACUGUAAAAUGCAUCGGUGUUUUCUCUCAAGGUGUCUGUUGCUUUAGUCUGUAUUUUCGCUCUUGGGGAUUCGGGAAGUUUGGUCAGGCCCGGCGAACUGGCGACCUUCCGAAAGGAGGCCAAGGGGCCUGCGGCUUGCCCAAAACCCACUUCCUGUACAUCUCUUACAGCAGCCAUAUCUUUGAUGCACCACUACAUUGAAAGCACCUUCAGCCUGAAACAUGAAGGAACUCAAAAUUAGCACCCCAUUCCCCUGAACCGAGGAAGGGCAAGUUUCAGGUUAUCAACCAAGAAGGGCAAAGCUACCGGUUUUUGGGGGAGGUUGCUGGGGGAAACCAGCUCUCACCCUCCAUCUGGACGCCGCCCAGGAAAAUCGUAGUGCUGGAUGUGGGAAAGGGUAUAUCCCUGCGUGGGGAGGGUGUUUUGUUGAAGGUUUGUCCUUGGACCGGAAUAAAGGGUCCCAUUUUCUUAAAGGGCCAACAUCACAGGGGUGGUCUCCAGUGUGACAGCACUGGUCAAAAGUGCCAAAGCACCAGACAUAGAACCCCUGCUUUUAUGACCAAACAAUUUUUUUUUGUGUCUUGUAAAUUAAGAUUUUUUUUCA